AUGGCCGUUGAAACUAGCUCAGUAGCUGGAAUUGUAGCGGGCAGGAAUCCUCUUGAUUAUUCCAGCUCUGCUCCAUAUACGAUCUUUUUAUUUCAGGCUGUCUUUAUUAUCUUGUUAUGUCAAAUUGUUCAUUAUCCUUUAGGAAAACUUCGUCAGCCUAAAGUGAUCGCAGAGGUGGUGACAGGGAUCUUGCUUGGUCCUUCAGUUCUUGGAAAAGCACCGAACUUCACUGAUACGUGCUUUCCAGCUGCAUCUAUUCCAGGUUUAACUCUCUUUGCGAAUAUCGGUAUUAUUUUGUUCUUGUUUAUUGUUGGAUUAGAAGUUGACAUUAAUUUUAUAAAAAAACAUGCGAGGGUUGCCGUUUCCGUAGGUUUGGUUAAUAUGGCUAUUCCAUUUGCCUUGGGUUGUGGAAUAUCGAAGGGUAUGUAUGACGAAUAUAGGUCGCAGGACACAGACUUGCUGCCCAUUAAAUACACCACAUUUAUGGUUUUCAUAGCAGUUGCAAUGUGUAUUACAGCAUUUCCUGUUUUAGCACGUAUUUUAACAGAGCUCAACUUGAUUGGUGAUAGGGUUGGUACAAUUGUUUUGGCAGCAGGUAUUAUGAACGAUUUGACAGGGUGGUUGCUACUUGCGUUAUCAGUGACACUAGCAAAUGCUUCAAGGCCAGUGAAUGUGGUGUACAUCUUACUUUUAACUGCUGGGUGGUUUGUAUUUUUGUGCUUUCCUGUGCGCUUGACGAUGAAAUAUUGCUUACGGAGAUUUACAGAUGACUUAGUUACUGGUGAACCAUCACAAUCUCUGAUGUUGAUAAUUUUGUUGAUAGUGUUCAUAUCUGCAUUUUUCACUGAUAUCAUUGGAGUUCACCCUAUCUUUGGAGCGUUUAUGGUUGGCGUUAUCGUGCCUAGAGACAAUGGUUAUGUUGUUAAAAUUACUGAAAAAUUAGAAGAUUUAGUCCAUAUAAUAUUGAUUCCACUCUACUUUGCUUUAGCAGGAUUGAAUGUCAAUUUAGGGUUGUUGAAUAAAGGGAUUGAUUGGGCAUACACAAUUGGUAUCAUUUUAUUAGCAAUGGUUGGCAAAAUAUUUGGAGGCUUCAUCGCAGCAAAGCUUAAUAAAUUAUUUUGGAGAGAAUCGCUAGCUGUGGGUGUUUUGAUGUCGUGUAAAGGUAUUGUUGAAAUUGUUGUUUUGUCUGUUGGUUUAAAUAGUGGUAUCAUUUCUCAAAAGGUUUAUUCAAUGUUUGUUGUAAUGGCCCUUGUUACGACUUUCCUUACAACCCCUCUCGCUCUAUGGGUAUAUCCGUUACAAUACAGGGAUCGGGUAGCAAAUUUCUUGAGUGGAAAGAUCAAUUGGAAUGGAGAGCCUAAAAAUAAAGAAGAAAUUAUCUCUCAGCUUAAUGAAACGAGUGUCUCUUUAAAUGACAUCCUGAUUGAAAAUUUAGGCGAAUACCGGGUAUCUAAGGUUAUUUUACUUUUGAAAAAAAUUGAUACUGUAUCAUUUUUAAUGUCGUUUAUUAAAAUAUUUUCACGAAGCACACAUACUGACAUUAAGGCAAUUCAUAUGAGAGAAUUCAGUUCUAGAACUUCUCAUUUGUUAGAAGUCUCAAGUAAUAUUGAAAAUUCUACGCAGAGUGACAGCGAACUCGAUUACAGCAAUUCUUCGUCAAUAUUAUCGAUUAUCAAGGCAUUCAGUGAAAUUCUAGGUAUCAAUUGCGUGGUGCAAUCGAUUUUGGCACCCGCCCGCAACUACGUUCUAGCUAUCAAUGAUCAGAUUUCAGAGCGAUCAGAUUUUUUGAUCAGCAGCAUGAAAUCGUCUCAGCUUUUGGGAAGUUUAGCUACGGAGAACGAGGAUAGUGAAAUUAAUUUAUUCAGUAGAUUAUUCCGCUCUUGCAAAUCACAUUUUGGGUUAUUAUUGAUCAAUGAUGGCGAGAAAAGAAGUAAUCGUCUAAGCACAGUCCAUGAAAUUGCAGAAACCAAGACCUUGGUGGGAGACGAAUCAAGCAUCGCUAAUAUAUCUAGCGAUCUUAGCUCGAUUAAUGUGAUUUUGUUUCAUGACAAUAUUUUAAGCGCUAACGACUUUUUUACCUUACAUUUGGCUUCUAGUUUAUCAAAAGAUGUCACAAGUGUCAACUUGUUUAUCAGAGGAAACUCAGCCGAUUCAGAAGGCUUCUUGUCCAAGAUCAACUCUUUGUUCGAAUCCUCAAAUCCGGCCAUUAGGUUGAGUACCCGUUAUGUAAAAGGAUCUUUGACAGAGUCCAUAGUAUCCUCAUCUUUUUCAAUUAAGAAUCAGCUUUUCUUGAUUGCAAAAGAUACUCCAAAUGAUGACUCGUUAUUUACUGACGAAACUAUUCAGCUUAUAAAAGCCAGCGUGGACUCUUGCUUCAAUAUAUUGGUAGUGAGAGCUUCCACUGACGAUUGA